CUUCUUCCGUGUUUAUCACAGUCACGUGCGUGUUGUGCUUCGUCUCCUGUAACUCGAACAUGGCGCAUCUCGUGGGGGUCGUUCUGCUGCUGUGCGCGGCGGCUCCCGGCGGGGGGGCCCCCACGGGGGUCGGAUACCUGCCGGCCGCAGCAAGGUUCUGGCACAUCACCGACCUCCACCUGGACCCGUCCUACCACCUGUCCCCCGACCCCACCAAGGUCUGCCACUCCUCCAAAGGGGCCCCCGCCUCCCACGCCGGCCCCUUCGGCGACUUCCUGUGCGACUCGCCCUACGCGCUCAUCCAGUCCGCCUUCGCUCACAUGGCGCCGCUCACCCGGCCCCAGGACUUCAUCAUAUGGACCGGGGACAGCCCCCCCCACGUCCCCGCAGACGAGCUCUCUACGGACGCGGUGGUCCAGCUGAUGGCUAAUAUGACGCAGACCAUCCGGCAACACUUCCCCAACCUGACGGUCUAUCCCGCCCUCGGGAACCACGACUACUGGCCGCAGGACCAGAUGCCCGGCUCAUCCAAUGCCAUCUACCGGGCUGCCGCCCAGCUGUGGGAGCCCUGGCUGCGGCCCGACGCGCUGCUCACCCUCUCACGGGGCGGCUUCUACUCGCAGCUGGCGAGGCCGGGCCUGCGGGUCCUCAGCCUCAACACCGUCCUCUACUACGGCCCCGACCGAGCCACGGAGAACGCCACCGACCCGGCCGGGCAGUUCCAGUGGCUGGAGGCCACGCUGCGGGAGGCGGCUCGCAGCCGGGAGAAGGUGUACGUCAUAGCCCACGUGCCCGUGGGGUACCUGCCCUACGCCAGGGACACCCCCGCUGUGAGGGAGCGCCACAACGAGCGGCUGGUCGCCAUCUUCAGGGCGCACAGCGGCGUCAUCGCGGGGCAUUUCUACGGCCACACCCACCGGGACAGCGUCAUGGUGCUGCUGGACCCGCGAGGCAAACCGCUGACUUCUCUUUUCGUGUCACCGGCUGUGACGCCCAUCAAAGACGCGGAGGAGCCGUACUCCAACAACCCGGCGCUGCGCGCCUACCUGUACGACCCCGAGGACUUCGCUGUCCUGGACGUCUGGCAGUACUUUCUGAACCUGACGGAAGCCAACGAGAAACAAAGAGCCGACUGGAGGCUGGAGUACAUCAUGACGGAGGCUUUCGGCCUGCGUGACCUGCGGCCCCCCCGCCUCCUCCAGCUGGGCCUCCGCCUCCUGCUGCCGCCGGCCGACGCCUUCCGGCGCUACUUCGCUCACUUCACCGUCAGCUACGGCCGCGGCGCCGCGUGCGAGGGCGAGUGCAAGCUGCUGCAGGUGUGCGCCGUGAUGCACCUGGACCGACGGGCCUACUCCAGAUGUGUGGCGGGGGGGUGACCUCUCACACACACACACACACACACACAGGGACGUAUUAUGUGGAGACAAAGGGAUUUUAAAUGGUUGGGUGAGACUUUAUGACCAGAUGAUCACUGAUUCUAUUUGAUAAUGAUCACAUGUAUAAAGUCGUGUUUCUUCUUCAUGUUUCAUCUGUGAUCUUCUUCCUGUUGGACUUUGUGACCAAAGCACCACUUGAGGUUUUAGUAUUUUAUGCUGCAGUGUAUUUUUCUACGAUGUAAAGACGUCUUCUUCAAAUAAAAGUCGUUCUGUAGCUGACGAUGAAGUCACAGUAACAGCUUGUUUGUGUCUGAAUGCUCAGCGCCCCCCCGUCUGACCCCCCCUCCUUCUCAUUUUUCUCCUCCUGUUUCUCAGCCUCCAGCUCAAGUAUCCCCCCCCCCCCCCCCCUCCUGUCCACCCCGGCUCUUUUGUCCCCUCUGCCUCCCUAGAAUGUGGACGGCACCUCUGCCGAGGAUUUAAAGAACCAGACGACGUAGCAGCACCAGCACAAGUGACGGAGUUCGUUCUCCACCCAUCGUCGCUGCGUCUGUUAAAAGCUGCUACGUCAC